GUUUACGCAUCUCUUCAUGUUUGGGAAGUAGAAAGAUCACAUCAAUAUUUCUAAAUUGAUUAAAUAGUUAAAUUCUAUGUGAAAAUUGUGAUUUAAAAUUUUAGUUCGGUCUCCAUUCGUGUUAAUUAUCAUUUGAUUAAAAUUCGUUGUGAUAGUUGCGGUGUUAAACUCGUAAUCGGUGUGUAUUCGGUGCUCAUUUCGAAUCUACUUCAUAGCUUCCAAGAUAUCAUUACAUGACGCUGUCUACUUCAAAGUUAAUCGUAUUAUUAUUCUUAGGUACUCGGAUGAGUAAGAAUGGUACCUAUCUGUGCAGAAAUUAAAUUCCAAUCGCAGAAGGGGAAUUUUUCACGCAUUUUGUCGUCAAAUUGUGCUAACUAUGGAAGAUAGAAAAUCAUCGGUGGUGACGACCGGCGAAAGCGGCGGCGCCGCGACGACCCGCGUAAUCGGCUCCAAAGUAUCGCAGAUAGCCAAUAUAUUCCAAAGCAAGGGAAACCCGACCAUGAUAUCGGCUACGGCGGCCGUUAACGAGCCGGAAUUAUUACACGUCGCGUCGCAUAAUAAAAUAAAACGCGACUCUUCCAUUUCGCCGAAACACGAUCAAAGAUCAGAAGCUAUAUUCAAAGAGCCUAAAUCGAAUUCCGAUACAACCACCGUUUGUAGUCAAAUAACGGUCGUUCGCACCGAAAGUCACGUGGCUAGGUUUAACAGCGCCAAAGCGCUCUUUGAAAAAUUGGGUACAAGCACAAGCGAAGAAAGUCGCAAUGUAAAACCUAUCGAAAGGAUCAGAAGACCUUCAUCUCUGUCAUCCAGUCAUGCCAGCACCGAAUCGUUAAUAUCACCUAGAUCACCGUCGCCGAAAAAUCUAAACCAUGUAAACGGCGCGGUGUAUUCGAAGAACGCAGUACCAAAUGGCGUCAGCGUAGUGAACGGAUCAGCCACCUCCGGCGAUACGCUAAAAUAUCGAUCAAGCUCCGAACCAAAGGUAAACGGUGUCGUCGUCACCAAAUACGAUAAAAGCUCCAAACCAGAGAAACCGGAACGUAAACUUAAUAGCAAAGAGUUGAUAGAGAAGCAACGUAACUGGACGUCGCAUUUUUCAAAGUCCAAACCUACCGUUAAAAGGGAUAUCACCUCUAAACCGGAAACUAAAGCCGAGAAACCGGAAACCAGCAUUCCGAAGCCAUCAGUGACCAAUUCGAACGCGGGAAGUGGAGUCGAAAAACCUCAUCAUCUCUCAUCAGAAAAUUCUCUGCCAGCUGAAAAUAUUUGCUCAACAUUAAACACUGCCACUGAACAUUCCUCAAACGAAUUAGAUAACAAUUUGAGUCAACAAAGAAUAUCUUCUUCAAAGUCAUCCAUUCCUGAGAAAAAUACCUCUUCGAAAACAAACGACGAUAUUCGCGAUAUUGACGCCGAAGAUGAGCUCGUUGAUAAAACAUCCAGCAUCCAAAAUGACGCAGUUCGGUCCUCCGAAACGGAAAUCGUACCAGAAAUAUGCCCCAAGAUGGUCUCGAACGAUAUCCCAGAUCCUUUGUACGCGGAAAUCGGCGCCCCCAGUCGUCGUUCGGAAACUGCAACGGAUGAAGGAAGCUCGACCAUAUCGAAUCACAACAACAUCGAAGCCGAUGAUUUCAACACGAGAGAUUUCAUCGAAAACGAGCUGCUAAACGAACUGAAAUCCAGCUGCGAAGAACUCGAUACAAUCGGAGCUACUGAAUCAUUCCCAGCUUCCGAGCAAGAUGACAUCAUCAAACCAAUACUGCAAUUUAACUUGGGCGACAGCUCGAACGAGAUUAAAAUGAAUACUUCGUCGACCGUCCUGUGCAACAGCUCGAUUAGCGAAGAAGAUUCCGGAUUUUUAUCCUCCGAAGCGAUUAUCGCGAUGCGCGAAUCGGAUAGUUUGAUUUUAAGCAAUGUGAAAUUCGCCGACGCCGAUGACGACUCGAUCGCUGACGAAAAAGGCGACAGGAAAGCGACAGAGGAGACAGUGAAUAUCGUUGAACCGGUUGUAGUAGCCGAUGUUGUGGGUGUUGUUGAACAACAGAAAGAAAGCCAUUCUAUUGUUGGCCCAGUUGCCGAAACCAUGACCGCCGAUGAGGCUGAUAAUUUGCUCAGUGUUCGAAUCUUGGAGAAAAAAUACAGGAGUCACGAUACGUUGCUGUCAGACGAAGAAGCUCAAGAAGUAGCACAUUUACUGUCCCCUUCUGUGGAAUCGCUAGAUAAACCUAGCGAUACCCAGUGGGUGGACGAAAUGUUGACUGCUGCUUUCGAUACAGAUGAUAAUUCGCUUCUGAGGAGCGCUACUCAAAUGGACGAUUCGCUGAUAUCGAGUAACGCCGGAUCGAUGGCUGGAUUAGAGGAUACUUACGCUUCGAGUCAUUUUGGAUCUCAGACCGGUUCUGAAUCUGGCUUGUUAUCCGAACGUAUUAGCUCAGUUGGUAGUUUCGAUGAUCUUGAAUCCACUUUGCAAGAUAGACCAUUAUCAGAGACAGACGAUGAGAGCACCUAUAAAGCAUAUCAAGCUGAACAAAUGAAAGAAGUAUACGAAGAAAGCGGGGUGCAUUAUUUCGAAGAUGGUCACUUCUGGCUCGAAGUGCCAGGACUUCCGCAUAUGGAAACUAUCGAAGAUUUGUAUCACGUGCCACCUAAAUCCAAAGCUCGUCGAGUUAAAUUUACAUCGGAUCCUAUCAGAGUUUACAGUACUUUUUCGAUGACCGAUUACGAUCGUCGUAACGAAGAUGUCGAUCCAGUGGCCGCUUCAGCCGAAUACGAAUUGGAGAAAAGAGUCGAAAAACUGGAAAUGAUUGCGGUAGAAUUGAACAAAGAAUCCGAAGGUCUUGGACUAAGUAUCAUCGGUAUGGGAGUCGGUGCAGAUGCCGGAUUAGAAAAACUGGGUAUAUUCGUGAAAACCAUUACCGAAAAUGGAGCUGCUGCCAAAGAUGGAAGAAUUCAAGUCAACGAUCAAAUCAUCGAAGUAGAUGGUAAAUCGUUAGUCGGAGUAACUCAAGCUUAUGCCGCCUCAGUUCUGCGUAACACCUGCGGUCGAGUCAAGUUCGUCAUCGGUCGAGAAAAGGAUCCAGAAAACAGCGAAGUGGCCCAAUUAAUCCGACUUUCCUUACAAGAUGACUUUUUAUCCGCGCAGAACGAUCGUGAACGUGAAGAACACCGCAGACAAAUGGAGCAAUCUCUGGGACAGCAAUUCAUGCGAGAUGAUUCUUCGUUAACCAAUUCGUAUUCAUCUUCUAUCGACGACUACCCACCAUUCUGUCGUGAUCCGAAUGCAGACGGUUCGAAUGCUGAAACACUUCGUCAUCUUUUACACCAGAAUGAGCAAAAAACAUCUAAAGCCGAGGAGGAAAUAGCCAAAUUAAAAGCAAGGCUGGAAGAAUUGGAGAGAAGCAACGCUUCGAAAGAAGAAAUCGCCGAAAAAUUAGUGCAAUCCGGAUUAAGACUGAGAGAAGUCGAACGCAGCUUACAGAUGGCUAAGAGAGAUGUAUCAGCGUAUCAAGGAAUGCUUCAACAGUCUCAAGAACAAUAUUCUACUUUGGAGAAAAAAUACGUUAGGAUUAAGAAACUUAUCAAAGAAUUCCAGCAACGUGAAACUGAUUUCUUGCAUCGCGAAGAGUUCUACCAGCAACUGCUGCAGGAGAAAGAUAUGGAGUAUAAUGCAUUGGUGAAAGCUUUAAAAGAUCGGAUAAUCCAAGUUGAGCAAGAACUUUUAGAAACGCAGCGUAAAGCGGGAUUCCCAGUUCAUUUGCCUCAAGAUAAUUCCAACAUUAAACUAGUCUCGUUACCUCAAGUUUCCAAAAUACCGCCGGUUCCACCUGUACGUCCUCUUCUGGAUAGUUUAAGCGCCGAUAUAUCAGAUAUCGAUGAUAUGGAUAAUGAUGACGGUAAAACAGCCACAGUCGAGCGAAAAAUGCCAGUUAAAGAAGAACUCGACGAAGCUGUACCUCAGCAUGAACUCCUAGAUGUAUCCGCUUCAAAAAGUAAAGCCGAUUUAGCUUCCAGAGGUGGAUUAGCCAAUCGCCAGCUGCCUACUGGAAGUAAUAAAAGAUCCGGAUCGUUAUCGAACAGCAGCUCGGAAUGCGCUCUAGAUGAAAGUUUCGAUACAUCAGACAGCGAAGCGAACUACGACCAUAAGAAAUCGUCGCAGAAAGCGAACACGAUGACCGACGGGGUCGAUAAAAUGGCUCAACUACAACAGCAGUUGCUGCAGAAACAGCAAUCGCCUCAAUACCAAAGACAACCUCAGCAGAAACAGGUUUUCCAGCAAUAUCAACAUUAUCAUAGGUCUAUUCCUAAACACGUUAUACCGAUGUAUGCGACUGUACCUGCGAAGCCUCAACUCCAGCAAGGCAAUCAGAAUUCCAGAUAUUCCAGUCAACCGCCAGCUCAGCAUCGAGCAUUUGCCAAUCGUAACGUUUCCGGUCCUUCGCCAGGUUUCGCUGAACAACUCAAACAAGUUCUUGCCGAAAGAGAAAUGCGAACUGGUACUGAUGGCGAGAUCAUCGAUGAGCCGUCAAAAGGUGGAAUGAAUUCGCAAUUCAUUUGGCAACCAGCGAUGCAGAAUUCGCCACAAGGAUCAGUGUCUUCCGGCAGUCUAUCUCCAGGCCAUGUGGGCUCUGAUAUAAACGCAUCCGGGUCAAAUUUCGGAUCAACUGAUUCGAGUGACGUUUGGUGCCCUUCCCCUCAACCCCAAGAUAUGAAUUCCAACUCUGAUAAGAAAACUUGCCAAGCUACAGAUUGGUCCAAAGAACAGGUGUGUCAGUGGUUACUACACGUCGGCUUGGAGCAAUAUAUAUCGAAAUUCUUGAGCGAACAAAUCGACGGCAUUAAUUUGUUAUCGAUGGAAAACAAAGAUUUAAAAUCAUUAGGUAUAUUGGGCGACGAUAAGAAUAAAUUCAAGCGUAAAUUGAAAGAACUACGUUUACAAAUUGAGAAAGAGAAACGUCAUUAUGAAAAAGAACGCAAAGAAAAAGAGAAAUUACAAAAAAAAGCGGAAAAAUUGGCGGAAAAAGCGAGUAAACGUAAAUAAACAAACACCCUGUGGUAUUUAUUGUAGGCCUACUUUUUUUUCUCGUCUACCUACGAAAAAAGUCUUCACUACUUCAGCCAAUAUUCCAACAUUUUCGUUUAUUUUAACUUUACCGUAAGACUGAUAACUCAAUUUGAUUUUAACUGUUUUUUUUUUAUCAUUUUUUUUUUUUGUACUUUUACAAUAUUGCCUAAUGAUUUUAGUACUUUUCUAGUCAUUUUCAUCAAAUUUAUCGUGUAUAUUUGUGUAUAAAAUUCGUGUGAUCGUAUUUUUUAUUAUCAUUGUAUGAAUUAUUUAUUCUAACGUACUAUUUAUGUAUAUUUUCUAUUUUCUUUGCCGUUCUUUCCUUUCUUCCUUUUACUUUUUUAUGCUUUAUUUAUUUAUAAAAAGAUAUUUGGUGAAUUUACAUAUAACGAAGCGUCGGUAGUCAUUAUAGCGAUCAGCUUGUGUAAUUUUUGUACCCCCCGAGACAGGGGUACGGAAAAGUUUCCAAUUUGCCAUUGUAGCGCUUUGUUUACGUGUGUAGUAGGUGUAACUUUCAUUUGUAAUGGGAUAUUUUCGAUUGCAUUUACGAGAUUGAAUAUUUUAUAGAGUUUUUAAACGAAUUACAUACAUUGUGUUGAGAAAUUCCUAUUUAUGUAUCGUCGUACUUCCAAAUGUACAGUAAUAAAAGUUCAUUUAUUCUGA